UUCGUCAAGCUAAGCUAGGCGUGCUUAAAAAUAUUAAAUUAAGGAGCAAAAUUUAUUUGGUGGUUUCUUUUUUUAUUUGUAACGGGGCGUGACUUGCCCGAGCAAACGCACGAACACAAGACGCGUUCCCUUGCAGUCAACCGGCGGAUGACUCGGGUAGCGGUGAUGUUGAGGCGGUGUGGAAGACGUUUUUGUGUAGGGAACCAAAACCAGCUGCAGUCCAGAGGAUCACAUCCUUGCCUGUUUGCUUCCUGCUUCCAGUCAAGCAGGGUUUAGGAAGGAAACGAGAUAAACGUGUAUCCUUUAUCCUCCGAGCUCAGGAAAGGUCAAAUAAAUAAAUAAAUAAAUAAAUAAAAUGUAGGAAAAUUUUAAAUGAAUAUAUAUUUGCAUUUUUUUCCACUAUGCUGCAUAUUGUUGCCUUCCUAAAGCAAUGGCCAAAGUGAAAGUGAAAGUCUUUUUUUAAAUCAUCUCUUGGCAAAAAAGAGGUAGUGACUUUUUUUCAUUUAUGCAAAAAACAUUUUGGCAACAAAAAAGUGAAAUAGACAUAGGCCAUUAUUAUAGAAACAUGACUAUAUUUAAUAAAUCAUCUAAAGCAGGGGUCUCCAACCUUGUUUUCACCGAGGGCUAAAGUCCCCGAGUUGAGAGUCCUCUGGGGCCAAAAUUUGCUUCUUCUUUUUUUUUUUUUUUUUUUACAAUCGAUGACGCAUAAAUAUUAUUAUGAAUUUUUGUUCUCCUUUUCCUGCACAACAAUACAUUAAACAAGUCAUAUUUUUUAAUAAAACCAAGAGUAGUCUGACAUUUCCCUGAAUGUUUACAGUUAUUUAACUUUUUUGGCGCUUAUUUUUUUCCUAUUUGGUCUAUUUAGUUCGUUUCUAGCCAUAGAAAAGGAGCAACAAAAAUAUAUAGCAAAAAAAAAAAAAAAAAAUCAAUUAAAGUUUUUACAUUUUUCAUUUAGGGCAUAAACUUGCCACGGAAAUCUCCACCUGAAACAAUUUACAAAAAGUAUCCAUCUUGCGUGUAUUUUUGUGUGUUGAUUCCCGAUAACAUUAGUGGUUGUCAGUUGCUAUGGGCAACGAGUCUGCUUGUAGCCUAGCCGACACCGAGAGCGAGAAAAAAAAAAGAAGAUUAUGAGUGGUUUUUAGUUAUUCUUCAAAGGUUUUCCUGCAUUAUUUUUCCCCUCUGCUGUGGCGCAUUGUACUAAACAUAAUAAUACCUACGUAUAUCUCCAGGUUCCUUUUUGUUAGCAGAACUAUGUAAAAGAACAGUCUUUUCGCCCUCCAGCGUUGUGCGCAGGCGCGAAAUUUCCGGACGUAAACAAUAACAACACGGCAACGGGUCUAUUCUCGCAUGUCGGACCGCCUCCGGGUGGGGCGGUCCUACAUGAAUAGACCCGUUGCGCUGUCUGACACCACGCCUACCCAGAGCGCCGCUCUGCCUCGCCGGAUGACAAUUGAUGCGCACCCACACUAACACACAGAGGAAUAACUUUACAGUAGCGACCGGGGCGCUCCACAGACCGCUGCGCCGCCGACUCUUGUGAAAACAAGCUCCCAGCCCCCCUCUCGGCGAAAGGAAAUGAAGAGGAGGCUCCACAAGAAGUACUUGGUUUUGAUUCUGGCAUAUACAGGUUUACUUCUGCUUAUCCCCUACGUGUUAGAUAACCGGGAUAAAUCCGCCCAGAAUGCCAAACUGCCGCAGCAACAGCCCAGAUGCCCCGACCUGGAGAAGACGGUGGCGCUCCUCUGGGAUAACGGGUUCAAAGCCAACGGCAGCGACGCGGCGGAGAACCCGGCGCCGACGAACAGGACCCAGACCCGGACGCACAUCUACCUGCACGCCACCUGGAGGACCGGCUCGUCGUUUCUGGGGGAGCUGUUCAACCAGCACCCGGACGUUUUCUACCUGUACGAGCCCAUGUGGCACAUCUGGCAGGCGCUGUACCCCGGCGACGCGGGCAGCCUGCAGGGCGCGGUGCGCGACAUGAUGAACGCCCUGUACCGCUGCGACUUCUCCGUCCUCAAACUUUACGCCGGCUCGCAGAACAUCACCACGGCGUUCAUCUUCGGCUGGAAGAUGAACAAGGUGAUCUGCUCGGAGCCGCUGUGCGACGCGCACCGGCGCCACGAAAUCGGGCUGGUGCGGGAGGACCAGUGCGCCAAGUGCCAGAAGCGGGACCUGCGCGAGCUGGAGAGGGAGUGCAAGAAGUACCCGGUGAUGGUGAUCAAGGGGGUGCGCGUUCUGGACCUGAGCACCCUGGUCCCGCUGAUGAGAGACCCGGCGAUCAACCUGCAGAUCAUCCAGCUCUUCAGGGACCCGCGGGCCGUGCACAACUCGCGGCUCAAGACCAAGCAGGCCCUGGUGAAGGAGAGCAUCCAGGUGCUGCGCAGCAAGAAGCAGAGCGACAAGUACAAGCGGCUGCUGGUGCCCAGCAACAGGAUGAACCGGGCGGAGAGCUACGUGGCGAGCGCCAUGGAGCUGAUCUGCGACAACUGGCUGAGCGACGUGAUGCUGGUGAUGAACGCUCCCCCGUGGGUGAGGAGGAACUACCUGCGCCUUCGCUACGAGGACCUGGUGCUGCGCCCCUUGGAGGAGCUGCAGCGGCUCUUCCGCUUCUCCAACCUCUCCAGCUUCCCGGCGCUGGAGAGGUUCGCGCUGAACAUGACGCACGGCCAGGGCUACUCGUCGGACAAGCCCUUCCUCAUAUCGUCCAGGGACGCGAAGGAGGCGAUCUACGCGUGGCGGGAGCGGCUGAACGUGGAGCAGAUCGGCCAGGUGGAGGCCUACUGCAGCGAAGUGAUGAGGCAGCUGGGCUACGAGAGGAACACCGUGGUGGAGAAAAGCAGAUGAGGAUCGGAAAGCAGCGUGUGAGUGGUCCUCCUAAUCAAGGCUGAGGGGCAGAAGGUGGAAUAACAAAACAGGCUGCAGGAAUGCAGUCCACUAGGAGCUCUCAAGCGUGCCUCUUGGGUUGUUUUUAUCCUCACCCGAGCUGGGUCGAUGAACUGGAGAAAUGGUGAUACCGAAAAGACGAGGAGGAGGAGGUUGUGUGUGUAUGUGUGUGUGUGAGAUUGGGUGGUUGGGGGGGAGAGAGAAAGAGCAGCCAAUCGGACUCAGUUGGAUUUGAAACGAGGAGAAGGAAGCUUAUUUUCUCACCGUGCUGCCUGUUCGACACCAGGAGGGUCCCGUGGAGACGCGGAGG